AUGGGCCUCGAAGCGAAUCACGACGCGAACGACGCGAGUCACAAGCAGAGCACCAUCAUUCAAGGACGGGAAGAUCUCAUCCGAGGCUUGGAGGUCCAAGUCCAGGAAUCCAAGGAAGAAUUUCAACGCAAGAGCGAUGUGCACGACGCGGAACUAAAGCAGGGUCAUCGGGAUCUUCAGAGAGAGGUUGCCGCUGUGAAAGAGCGAUUGGCCCAGCUCACGCAGAACCUGAAUGCUUCGGAGGAGGUGACUUUGUCGAGCGGCACUCGAGCGGCACUCGAGCAACGUUUGCCGACAUUGCGCGAGCCCGCUGACCAGUCUAUCCAGCGUAGCUGUUCCAAGAAAGUAGCAGACAACCAGCGAUCCUCUCCAAUGUACCAUCGACACAUCUCGCAUCAAGACCUCGAGAUCGUCUGCGGAGACGAAGCCGAGCUUCAGAUGGUCAAAGAGGCUGCGCAGAAGACAGCCGUGGAAGGUUCGCGAGUUAUGCGAGACCAGCUAUAUCCGGUCCGAGCCGACAACGCCAACAGUACAGCAAUCCUUGAUGCGGAUGGCAGCGUUCUGCCUGGAGCGAUCGAGGCCUUGAGUGCCGAAAACAGAGUGACCCUUGGCAAGAUUUCCUGGUUGAGCAAACGAGAGUCUGGCAAAGCGUACGGAUCCAUGGUGGUGUAUGUCACCGAGAAACGCGACGCAGAAAGGCUUCUGGAAGGGUACUACUUUGACCUAGCGGGAGAGGCAGCCAGGAGAUCGGUCACAAAGUAUAUUCAUGCAAGAAGCAGCGGACAUGCGGCAAGUGCGCAAACGUUGGGCAUCACCACCGGAAAUGCACCGCGAUUGACACAGAAUGUGUCCCGUGUGGCGGACCGCACUGGUCAUUAA